AUGAAUACACCAAUGAGCGCUGCCUUAUUCGAGCACUUUUUCGUCAAUUAUGGCCUACUGGGCCCUGUCGAGUACAUGGAUGCCAAAGUCACUAUGAGACAUCGUGGCAAUGCAUUCGGAAUCCUUCGACAAGGACGAACACGCCUAAACGACUUCAGGCUUCCAUUCCGUGCAAAUCCUCUCGUAGAGGGACCACCUAGUGAUAAAAUGAUAGACUUUGUCCUUUCGAACUACACAAUAUCAAGUCUGCUGUUUUGGAUGGAUCAAUAUAGGUAA